AUGUUCUGGUCUGCAGCAGUUCUAGUGCAGCACCCAAACAGCCAAAAAUACCCCAGUGGAUUGGAAGUGGCCGUGUCGCUAGCUGCUGAUCCCCCCUGCUCUGCAAAACCUCGAGAUUACGUUCCCGAAUCCUCCAACGACAAGCUUAAGCUUCAUUUGAGCUCUAUAGGCUUUGGUUGCUUGGUGAGACCGAGUUUGAUGCGCGUCCUGAAGACCGUCGAUCAUGCAGACACUUGGCUGGAAAUUGACAGACAGGGGAAACGCAUGAAUGUGUUCUUUCCCUACCAGGUAAUGAGAAGUCGCAAUGGAAAGUUGUACGAAGCAGACACGAGACGAUACAAGAUUGUUCUCGAUAUGACCGUCAUGAAGAUGAUCUCGGAGCCUUCCCCCGUCGCAGGAUUACAACAUCUUGUCGUGCCAAUGCCUCGGCCGCCUGAAUAUUUUCGCAAGGUCGACAACAUCUUGAGCACGUUUGAAAGAAAUCCUCGAAAAUGGUACUUGGAACAAAACGGCUGGUGCAGAGCCACAGAAAUAGUACAAGACAUAAAGUACCCAAGGGUUCAUCCCGUUGCUCUGCAUGAUGAAACAAUGGACGACAUGAGUAUUGAUAUUGGGCGGUGGACUACCAUUCGCCUAUCAUUCAGCGAGGACUCGGAGGAAAAUUCAAAGUCUUAUCAGCAACUUCAAAAAUUGUGGCUUGAUUGCAACAUAAAGAGUAGCAUGAACUGCGAAUUCGACAUCAAGAGCGACGCCACCAGCGCUUGGAAUUUCUUGGACCACCCGGUUGCGGCUAAAGCAGGUCAGCCCUCGCUCCUUCUCGGGCUAUCUGCGACCGUACAUUUGGACUUUCGUGUGCGGUAUCAGUUGGAAGUGUGUAUAUCGAGAGACAUUCUCAAUGAGUAUACAAUUGGGCAUGACUUCCUCAAGCGCCUGGCCAGCCUGUCGCCUUUAGAUGCCGUGCGUCGACUAGAAUAUCUUGCUGACCAGGGUGACAAGUUAUUUGAACCCAUGAAGCUAUUUGAAAUGGAAGACGCGGAAUGCUACAUCCCGAAUGCGAGGAUUCCCUACUACUGUGCUUACGUCCGUAAGGCAUCAGUUACCCCAACCACGAUCCGCUUCUCCUCUCCAACAGUAGAGACUUCCAAUCGAAUUCUUCGCAAAUACAGUCAGCUGCAAGACCGUUUUCUGCGCGUCCAGUUCCUGGAAGAAUCAGAGUUUGGGAGCAUAGGCAGAAAUAGGGAGCAAAACGACGAUGUGUGGAGCCGUGUGGAGAGGACGUUGUUCGAAGGCGUACGGAUCGGGAAUCGUACUUACGAGUAUCUGGCCUUUGGAAACUCGCAGCUUCGACUGAGUAGCGCCUAUUUCUUUUGCCCCACCGAUCACGUAUCUUGCGCCGAUAUUCGCGCUUGGAUGGGACAGUUGGACCACAUCAAGGUUGUCGCCAAGCACUCUGCCCGUCUAGGGCAAUGUUUUUCAACAACGAGGGAAAUCAGGGGCAUACCCGUGCCCCAAGUCCGGCGGAUUCGCGAUAUAGAGCGAAAUGGAUUUUGCUUCACAGAUGGUGUGGGCUUGGUUUCCAGCUUCUUUGCCCAAGCCAUCGUUCAAGACAUGGCCCUCGACGUAUUGAGCGAGCCAACAGCGUUUCAGUUCCGCAUGGGUGGAAGCAAGGGAGUUCUUGCCGUCUGGCCGCAUGUGCAAUGGAGCGAGGUGUAUAUUCGCGAUUCCCAGGAAAAGUUCAAGUCUAAAAGCUCGAGUCUGGAGGUGAUUCGAUGCGCAACGAGGUCGACUGCAACCCUGAAUCGGCAGACCAUUGUCAUUCUGGAGAGUCUUGGGGUACCCCAGGCCAAGUUUCUCCAACUUUUGAAGGACCAAAUCGUGUCAUUUGAGCGCGCCGCUCAAGAUGCCUCGAUGGCAGUCGAUUUGCUCACCAAGUUUGUUGACGAGAACCAAUCCUCGCUAGUUCUCGCCGAGCUUAUCAAGGCUGGCUUCAUGAAGGUCGGCUUCGAGGAGCCGUUUGUUUUGAACCUGCUGAAACUCUGGAUUUCGUGGUCCUUCCGGCUGCUGAAGGAAAAGGCACGAAUCCACGUCCCCAAGAGUGCCUUUGUCCUCGGCUGCGUGGACGAGACCGGAACGUUGAGAGGUCAUUGCAAGGAAAUCGAGGGGUCGUCUGUUAAAGACGUUCAACGGCUACCUCAGAUAUUCCUUCAGUUUACUGACCCGGACCGUCAUGGCCGGAAAAUCGUUGUCCAAGGAGUCUGUAUAGUCGGGAGGAACCCGUCUCUGCAUCCCGGGGAUAUCCGAGUGGUACAAGCUGUCGACAAUCCCAAGUUGAGGCACUUGAGCGACGUGGUUGUCUUUCCUUCCAAGGGAGAUCGUCCGGUCCCCGACAUGCUCUCUGGCGGUGACCUCGACGGCGAUGAUUUUUUCGUUAUAUGGGAUGCUGAAAUCAUUCCCAGGCAGUGGAACUAUCCUCCCAUGAACUACAAGGGACCGAAACCUCACGAGCUUGACAGAAACGUCGUGGUUGACGACAUGCGGACCUUUUUCGUCAACUAUAUGAAGAACGAUGUUUUGCCUCUGAUUGCACAUGCACACUUGGCAUUUGCAGACCAGCUUAACGACGGACCAAGGUCACAGGAAUGCCUGAGACUGGCAGAUUUGCACUCACAAGCUGUCGACUACGCAAAGACUGGACAGCCAGCCGAGUACAACUGGGAGCUCCAGCCAAGACGAUGGCCUCAUUUUAUGGAGAAACCGUCCUCUUACCGGUCACGCAAAGCAUUGGGUGUUUUAUACGACGAGGUGGUUAAACAUGCAAUCAAGUUUCAUCCCGACUGGCAGCACGCGUUCGACAAGAGAGUUCUGGAAAAGUUUGCGCUGGGCGAAGAGGUAAUUGCUACCGCGAAAGCCAUCAAGAUCCAAUACGACAUUUCUGUUCGCCGCCUGCUUGCCCACCAUAAUGUUGAAACAGAAUUUGAGCUCUACUCGGGCUGGGCCAUGUCCAGGCCCAAUGUUGGAAGUGAUUACAAAACGCAAGAGCAGCUUGGGCAAGAGUUCAGCGCCCUGAAGGACCGGUUCAGAGAACAGUGCUAUGGCGAGAUUGAUGCCGGUGACGCCGAGAGUCUAGACAGAUUCGUGGCGGCAAUGUACAAGGUUACGGCAGAGGAGAUCAGGACCGUACUCCGAGUCGAACAGGACAUGGACGAGGGGCAUGUCGAGCCCAGUAUUCCUGAGGGCGCCAAAACCCGCAUGCCACUCAUAAGCUUCCCAUGGAUCUUCCACUGGGUCAUGAUCCGACUGGCGAUGGGGAAGAAAUACAAGCCUGGAAAGUGCGUCCUGUCAGCAGCAAGACGAGCCCCUGCAGUCGAGCAUGGAUUGCAGUCUCUGGCCGAAAGGCCCAAGGGUGGCCCCAGCCCCUCAAAUACGACGACGGAGGCGGGCGCCGCGGUCGACGAGAUGCAGCGUCUUGCAGCGCCAGCUGAUACGGUACGAGGGGCCAUGGCAGCUGGAACAGAGAAUCAGGCUGUUGAAAGGACGGAAGAAGCCGUCCAGGCCGACGACGACGGGGAAGAGGAUAUUUACUCGGACGACAGAUUGGUAGGGGUUCUGGGAGAAGGGAGAAGUGGCAUGGAUCGUCUUGCUGCUUUGGUUGACGAGGGUUAG